ACCUGUUGCGGCACGCUCCGCUACCGCCGCGUGGUGAGGGUCAUCGUUUCCUCGCCGCCUGACGGUCGUUUCACUCGGUUGUCAGGUGAACUGAGGCUUCCGCCGUGCGGCUGUUGGUGUCAAAUUCACCCUCAAACGCGCGGGAUCAGCUCGGCCGACCCUGUCCCGAACGAACCGUGUUGCUCAAAAGUCCCCAACUCUGGUCAAUAUUUGCAGAAGCAGGGGUUAGUGAUUAACCGCUCCCCCGGUUGGAAGCAGCUGCACAGAGUCCCAGCACGCAGAGAGCGAGCAGGGGUCACUCGGUCCGCUUCGCAAUGCUGUGCGCUCGGAUUUGGAGAGGUCUGAGUCCCCUGUGCGGGGGAGGUCGCCGGGCGGCGUGGAAAGGAACCCGGAGCCACACCGCCGCCGCCGGGCUGGACCUCAGCGGCGUGUACCCGCCCAUCGCCACGCCGUUUACCGCCGAGGAGGACGUGGACUACCGCGGGCUGGAAGAAAACCUGCAGAAAUACGCCAAGAUACCGUUCAAAGGUCUGGUGGUUCAGGGCUCCAACGGCGAGUUUCCGUACCUGACGGAGGAGGAGCAAGUGGACGUGGUGAAGACGGUCAGACGCUCCCUGCAGGCGGACAAACUGCUGUUGGCCGGAUCCGGCUGUGAAUCCACCAGAGCCACGGUGCAGCUCACGGAGAAGAUGGCGGCGGCCGGAGCCGACGCCGUCCUGGUGGUAACGCCCUGCUUUUACAAGGGCAAGAUGGACAGCCGCGCUCUCAUCCAGCACUUUACGAAGGUGGCGGACAGCAGUCCAGUGCCGGUGGUGCUGUACAGUGUGCCGGCCAACACCGGACUGGAGCUGCCGCUGGAUGCUGUGGUGCAGCUGUCUCAGCAUCCAAACAUCGUGGGCCUUAAAGACAGCGGAGGAGAUAUCACAAGGAUCAGCCUGAUUGUUCACAAAACCAAAACACAGGAUUUCCAGUUGUUGGCGGGCUCAGCGGGGUUUCUCAUGGCCGCCUAUUGUGUUGGAGCCGUUGGCGGAGUGUGUGCGCUGGCCAACGUGCUGGGCCAGGAGCUGUGUGACCUGGAGCGUCUGUGUGCGUCCGGUCUCUGGGAGGAAGCCAGAGUCCUGCAGCAGCGCCUCAUCGAGCCCAACGCCGCCGUGACCAGGAAGUUGGGAGUUCCUGCCCUCAAGCAGGCGAUGGAGUGGUUUGGUUACCACGGCGGCGCCUGCCGAUCACCUCUUCAGCCGCUCACAGAGGCUGAAGCCCAGCAGCUGAGGCGGGACUUCUCCUCCAACGGAUGGCUGUGAGGUGAACCAGGCAGAGAGAGAGUGUGUGUGUGUGUGUCUUCACUUUACCUGGGAACCUUGAGUUCAGUCCUUAGAUCUGUCCGUGGGAUGUGGGAUGAAGGGGCAACACAGCAGGAAAACAAAUCUGUUGCUGCCUCGCAGCUCCUCAUAAAAAUAUCAAAACCCCGAUCAACUUACUCUGUUUAAAUUAAACACACACUCAGAUUCAAAUCAUGGUUGCGAACAGCGUUUACUUCAGUAAAGGCAGAGCGGCAAUGCAGUGCAAAAGGAACAGUGUUAUAGGCCUUUAGGUUUGUUCCAAAAUCAUUUAUGUCCAUGGUUUUUAGAUGUGUCACAGAAAAAGCCUGAAUCACAAAUUUGAACUUAAAAGUUUCUUUUUGGAGGAACAAUUGUAAUUCAGACCCUCGAUUAACAACAACAACAAAAACAAAAAACAAACACCAACCAAACCUUUCGCAGACUGGAUGAUGGAUCCAUCAGUGUGCUGACAACACAUCCGAAGCUAAUGUCAGACUGUAGCCAACUGUUGUCAAUCAUGGAAUCAGAAGAAAAAAAAACCCACACACACUGAUUUUCUGUGUUAUUGUUAAAGAGAGAAUGUUUUAUUCAUCCUUCCCUUUACUUUACACAAAAAGAAAUCACUGUCAUUCCAUCAAGUUGCUCCUCUGCUGCAGUCGUACAGGAUAAACAUUCAGUAUUCUGUAAAGUUAGAGAAAUGUUCGGAAUAAAACUCUACAACGACUUGAUUUGACAAUAAAAAAUUGCUUUUCACUUAAAUGCUACAUGAACAUGUCCCUUUAUUUCAAUCAGGUCAGCCUUAAUCGGCAUUGAUUGAUUGAUUUAUUCUUUUUUUUGUUUUGUUUUUUGACGGAGCCAGAAACAGCUUUCCCGACCGGCUUUCCAGCCUAGUGAGCUAGUGAUCUCCAUCGUUUACUGCCGUUCUCCCUGCGGCGCUGACCUGUUUUCCCUCAACUGUUUUAAAAUGGCGAAAUACCUGUCCGCUUACGGGUGCCGCUUGGACCGGGGAAUCCAGGAGAGAAAAUUUCUUGCUUCUAAAUUUUCCCCCUACAGCUCACAGCCCCGGACCUGUGACAGAAAACACAAAGUACUGUACUGGUGCUCGCCUUGCACCGCACCGUAACAACACUGUGACUCCACCUACUGUGCCUACGGGGUGUUUUGGCGUGUGCUGGCUGGAAUUAAUUGCGGUCCCACGCUUUCACUGUUCUCCACAGGACACACAGUCAAUAACUUACUCUAUGGUGAACAGCACACUGGGAUUUCAGACACUUGUGAAUCACUUUGCACCGUCACUGGCCGGUGUGAUGCUGGAAUCCACACACACACUUUACAGUUGCAGUACAGCAGCUCGUGGACACAAGGUGCCUUUUUCCUUCCACUGUGGGAAAUACAUACAUUUUACACUCCUGACACCAAAUAAAGGCUGAGAGUAAAUAAAAUGCACCAGGUAGCAGACUUGAUAUUCUGACUUGUGGUUCUGAACACGGUUCCUCCCGCCUUGGGCUCGAGCCAGGGGUCCAAUCACGGCUCGAACCAGAGGUCCAAUCAGCCAGAACACCCAAAAACACCACUUUGGGUGUUUCUCUGUAAAGAUGGCCGUUGUUGGCUGCAGUGUUUCAUGUUGUGUGUCUAACGGGUUUGCCCGGUCGACAGAAAAAAGGGUGGGCAUUCGUUCGUUUUUCGUCUAAAAAAAACAACAAAAAACAUAUGUUGCAUGUUUCCGUUGGUAGAUUUAAGGAUUUCAGUUCAGCCACAGCUCAGUGGGAGGCAGAGCUGUGGGUCACAUUCACUGUAUGUAGCAGAAUAACCCUUUAAUUUGGAAAAGUUAAAGGAUGAAAUUACUGUGGUGAUUAGAGCCAAGUGAAGCAGGUAGCCAUGGCGAUGAGAGCCCGCAGCUUUUUUCGCAUGGCGCUUUCUUUGCUUUUGUCGUACCGUGACUCCAAUUAGCACCUUCCCCGCGGGAGAUAAAUACAAAAAUACAUAUUGGAUCUUAAAAAAGGGAUCCAUUGUUUUCUCCCUCUCAUUUUCUGCGGUGCAUACAGCCUUGUAACCGUCUGUUUUUUGUGGUGUGGCUCCAAGAAAAUAGUCUCAGGUGUCAUAUUUAUGAACAAAAUCAAAUCAGCCAUGUAUUAACCAUGCAUCAUACCAUCAACUUGGUCUUCAGGGGGCCUGCCCUCUCUGCUUCCAUGAACCAUUUUUUUUUCUUGGUAAAAUUUACAUUCAUAUAUUAGGCCUUUAUUCACUUUUUAAGAAAAUGUGUCUGGAAAUG